GAACACUCUCUCGGCCCAGCAUUAGUGUACAUAGGGUCUGGCAAGAGUCAGCAAGAUCARAAUCUGCACUGGAAAGCAGAGGCCCUGCUAAACCAACUYAAACUGGCACUGGGCUUUUUCCUCUCAACACAAAGGGUUUGUGAAAAAUGUUUGAAUGUUUUUCACGGUCCUCUUUCCCCACCUGGCAUUUAAAGAKCUGCUCAUAUUCUGUGAGAUAUACUGUGGCUGUCGGGUUUAUAGACUAGGAUUUYUACUUCUUGGAGACAAAGUGCUCUGARGAUAUUACAGUGGUUUGAUGCGUCAGAGAUGGGAUGAGACUUAAGUUUAUGUGUUAAACUGUUUCCAGGAAAACAUCAGCCUGUGACUUUAUCAGAGAUAUUUGAUAUACUUUUCUUUAUUGUAAGCAGCUUUGACUUUACUUCAAACAUAUCAGUGCUUAGGAGUACACACAAAAACCUAGAGAGAAUUCAAUCUUUGUCAUGUUUGAUUACAAACACCAUGGACAAAUCCCCCACCAAAAAAUGCCUCUUUCUCCUUGCACAUMAUUUAUUGUUGUGUAGUCUCCAUACAUUAACAAGUGCAAUGUUUCAGUGUUUAACGUUUAUAAUAUAUUUUCAUCAUAGUUACUUACAUGCCUUUUGAACAUAUGCGUAUGUAAACUGUAUUUAUACCGUAUGCACUGUAUAUGUACGCGUUUGCGUAUCGAAAUAUGAACUUUUGUACUACUGAAAGCUAAGCMUGUAUUUUGUCUSCUGCCGGACUGUGUAUCCCUCGGCAACAGCAAAAGGCCUGUCAUUGUUUGCAUCGCAAACGCCUCAGUGAGUUUGGAUCUGAUGAAGGCUGACGGCUGUGUGAGUGUCUGUGUGUUUGCUCUUGUCUCAGGGCGGCCAAAUGAACUGUUCGGCCUGAGGAGCGAAGGGCACGGGCAUAGAUCCAGAGAGACAGAGAGAGACGGGUAGCUCAAUCAUUCAGCAAACCUCUCCACUUCCAUCAUGAGCUGGGACUGAAUAGUUACCUCUACAGCUUCAUUUUAUGGUGUAAGCAAAGGCUACUGGACAUAUCGUCAGCAUGGAYGCAAAGAGGAAAGAGAUGGACCUCCUGAGCAACAGCAUAGCUGCCUACGCACACAUCAAAGAGAACCCAGAGAGCUUUGGGCUGUACUUUGUGAUCGGGGUUUGUUUCGGCCUGGUCCUCACCCUCUGCCUCCUGGUCAUCCGGAUCUCCUGCAAGCCCCGCACCAACAUCCCGGCCUCCACGCCCGAGAAGAAACACUUAAAGGACUUCAGUGAGGACGAAUGUGAUGAAGAUAGCGAGGAUGAGGAUGAGGAAGAGGAGGGUGACGUCGAAGCACCUGCCCCCCUGCCCACCACAGAGAUUCCCAUUGGCAACCACCACAACCACAGCCAAUCGGACGGGACACUGAGCGUUAACGUGUUCACGUCGGCCGAGGAGCUAGAGCGGGCACAGCGAUUGGAGGAGAGGGAGCGAAUCAUACGGGAGAUCUGGAGGAAUGGGCAGCCUGAUAUCCUAGGUUCAGGAACAGGCACUAUAGGUCGGGUGCACUACUACUAACGUCCAGUACUACGGGGCCACUGAAURGACAUACUAUAUAGAACUAUGGUGCUAUGGAAUCAGGGGGUACACGAUGGUCCACACCCGCCAAAGACAGAUUCCCAUGAGGGGUGUCACUCAUGCUGUUGUAUACAGACAGGUCACAAGUGGCGUGCUACUUCGAUCUGGGGUGUAUUCAGUGAUGUGAAAUGUUCUGAACGUUGCAGAUAGAAAUAUAAUGAAUAGAGCUGACACAAUUCACUAUUCUACCUGAAAGACAAAUAUGUCUGUUCUGCACGAUAAGUUUCUAUCUGAACAUUCUGUAACGUGACAUCCCUCURAACAGGCCCCUGAAGUGUAAGUCUUGACUCUAACACUAUGUGAUAGUGGUGUGCUGYGUGAAUGUAGUUCCCCCAUCAACAUUUGUCACCUACUACCACUGCCAUAAUGGAGUUAUACCACAAGGCACCUUUGAGACCAGUUCUGCUGCUUUGUGAUUUAGGCAUGUGAAUGGGAACAUUUAUCAUAAUUGGAGUCUACAGUGUAGAGAGAUGCCUGAAUAAAGUAUUGCCCUUAGAAAAACACAAAGGGAGUAAGGAAGGACUAAUACAGCCAUUGACAAAUAGCCAGAGAUACUGUAGGGAGUAGGGACCAAGUAUUUUGCAAUGAGAGGUCACUUCCUUUUGUUUGCUAUGGGGCCAUGUUUCCCUCAACACUGGUGAGUUUACAGCGGGACAGCGCCGUGAGCUGUUUGUCAUUAUAUUAGGAAAUGAUCCUCAAUGCUUUAGAGUGGUCUUGGAACCUUCUGUGAGGAAAUAGCUUUGCCUAAGUAAGAAAAUAGAAAUAGAUUCGGUGGGACCAUUUUUCACCUGAUGUCAAGUCAUUUUGGAAUUGGACUGCUCAGUUUGCUCAGUUUAAGGACACAGUUUUAGGAUGUUUUCAGAACCAAUUACACUAGGGGAAAUUAAGUAAUUAAAGUGUGAAACUCAAAAGGCCUUGUGGUUGUUUCUGUUACACUUAAUGUCUUUUAGACAAACAAUGCUCUUUCUUAAMAUGUCCCUGGACUAUGUAUUUUGAAUAUACUGUACAAUAUAAAGAUUGUCUAGGGCUGAAAUGUAACAACUGAAAAACCUCAGUUGAACCAUUUAAUUACAAUGGAUUGUAAGGUCACUCAUAGUGAAUUGUUAUUCUUAAUCAAUUGCUCCCAUGUGUGCCYUGAAAUGUUAAAUAGAUAUGAUUUUUAUAAUACAAUAUCUUGAAAACUUGUUUGCUAAAUGUUUUGGCAAAACCCAGUGGUCUAUCUAAACGAAAUAAAGUCUUAUUUUAUUGUCUGAAAUAAAACACAGGACAAAAGGAUA